AUGCUCGACACAUCUUUCCAACCUGCUCCAAGGCAGGUUGACAAACCUUCCCAGCUGAUCCCUGUGGGUAUCCGUGAAGCCUCAUAUGACUCGCCAACGUUCAGGGCAACAGCUACUCACUUUUCAGAACAAGUAGAAAUUAUCGAAAAGUGGAUAGACGCCUAUCUCAAGUCUGCAUCAAGGCUGAUCAACGAAGCCUUAUCCUUGGAGGACACAUAUGCUACAUUUAUUCAACGUUCGAUCCCACCUGCACAUAUCUCUGAAGCUGUCAUAGAUCAUGACUACACACUAGUUGCGAUGAAAAAGUUUGGGGAAUGCUCCAAAGAUUGGUGGUCGAAUAUGACAUCCAGCAUUAAGAAAAUGGAUAGUAUAGUCAUUGAGCCUAUAAAGUUAUUCUUAAACGGAGAGCUAAAAAAUUUUAAGGACGCUAGAAGAAACCUUGAGCAUACUCAAAAAAUAUUCGAUCAAACACUGAUGAGACAUGUCAGUCAGUCAAAAACUAAAGAGCCAUCAUCUUUGCGAGAAGAUGCUUUUCAACUACAUGAAACGAGAAAAGCUUAUCUCAAAGCAUCUCUAGAAUUCUGUAUCUUAGCCCCACAAAUUCGAUAUUCCAUAGAUAAGCUGAUCAUCCGCAUCUCCUUUGAUCAGUGGCGUGAAAUAAGGCGCUCGAGCGAGAAUACUGUUUUGGGGUUCUCAAGGGUUGGAAGCGAAAUGGAUCGAAUUCGUGGAUGGAGCAAGGAGAUGGAAGUUGGUGAACCUACUUUUCGUCGUGAAUUACAACUCGCAAUGCGGGAGAUAGCCGAGCAAGCUUCAGAAACUUCCAGGCCAUCUCGAGAAAUUGAAGAUUACAACUUUUCUACGGUAGCAUUUCUAGGCUCAAAAGGUCCCUCUUUUACCACGCUAGCACAGCAGAAAAAAGAAUUGCGAUCCGAAAAUCAGGGCUGGUUAUUUCUACGAACUUUAUCUGGAAAACCCGCUCGUACCUCAUGGGUACGACGCUGGUUCUACAUUAAAAAUGGAAUUUUUGGCUGGCUUAUUCAGGGUUCUCAGUCAGGGGGAGUCGAGGAAUCCGAAAGGAUAGGCGUUCUUCUAUGCAGUGUCAAGCCUGCAGUUCAAGAAGAUAGACGUUUCUGUUUCGAAAUAAAGACCAAGAACCAAGCAAUUUUGGUUCAGGCCGAGACUCAAUUUCAGUUAAUGAAGUGGCUUGAAGCGUUUGAAUUUGCGAAGAAUAGGACAUUAAAAGCCAAUGCCAACACUUCAAAUUUCCCUGGUAGUCUAAACCCCGCUUUUGCAAUAUCAGCUCCACUAAUUCCAGAAUCAACCAUAAAGUACGUUGACGGCAAUUCUGCCCGAGUCGCCGAUGAACUACUUGCCGGUCAUGUUUUUGACCGAACAAGUAACGUUACUGUAACAGGAACAGAUUCGGUGAACCUAUCUCGAGGAGCAAGUGCUGAUAUUGAACCUUCUCGCCGCUCCUUCAACAUGCGAGAUGAGAAUGAGAAUGGAAGAGAUCAUGCGACAAGAAUAAUGCAGCGAUUUGACCUCACUCGGAAGCCCACUUUCCAAGAUCAGCCUACAACAUCAACCUCAACCACAUCAGGGGGAAUAGCUAGCCUGAUAUCAGCAAGCCACAAUAUUCUUCCUGUCGGCAUGACACAAGGGGGGAUUGGUACACCUCCAAAGGCACAAACUACCCCAAAAGUGUGCUUGGAAACUCAACUGAGCUCUCUAGCUCCUACAACUUUUGCAGUUUCCCCUGCCCAAACCAAUCUAAGUAAAACCGCUGUAAUUAUGUGUAGUGAGCGAAGUAUUGGGCACAGCACUGACAUUAUCUGUGGCAUUCCGGUGGUCAUUAUGGCAAAUGUUCUUGGCAGUAACAAUUGGGAGUAUUUUAAUCGACAUGAAAAAAAUGAUUCAAAAUUCUCGACUGAACAAAAAAAAAACGCUCACAUGAAUUCUAUUUUCAAUACUGUUUACUCUGUACCAAAUCAACACAGUGGUGAGAUCAAUAAAUCUAUAGCUAAAGCCAAUGAUGCUCCACCUGUGUCAUUUAGACCAUCCGUUGAUAUGUCUUCAAACGCAACCUUAACAGCUUCUAGCCAUAGAAAAACUUUAAGUGGUGAUCAUGGAUCAGGCUUGCCUCAUAAUACUUUUGUCCAUGCACUAGAUUCUUUCCCCUCGAACUAUCCACCGGAAUUGAAAACCCAAGAUGCACAAUUUCGUAUUUUAUUUCCUAGCGUCUCGCGCGAAGACAAAGUAUUACUGGUAUUUCGCGCCAUGUGGAACUCUAACGAGCAACAAGAAUUCCCAGGUAGGGUUUAUGUUACCCAAAGGGAUAUUUUUUUCUACAGCCAUCACCUUGGGUUUGUCCUCACCACAUUUGUCAAUAUGAACAAUAUCACAGAGAUUACUACAGCUCCAGGAAAAGAUUGUGAUUUUAUAUUUCUCCACAUUCAAGACAACUCAUCUGGAAGAUUAUCCCGAGUUACCAUCAAAACUUUCUUAGAACCUCUUCGGUUGUUGCAAUCAAGGUUGAAUUACCUUAUAGAUAUUUCACAAUCACAUGAGUCAGCGAACCCUGAAUCUGCUAUAGUUGAUUUAAUAAAUAUGGAAAAUGAGGAAAGUUUUGAUCGAAGCCCAAGUAUGGAAAGCUGGGAAGAGAUAUCCCUAAACGCUUUUAAGGAGGAUGAUCCCUCAUCUUGUCGAAGCCUCAAGGAUCAGAAUCUGAAAGCUUCUACCCAUGUUAACCGAACCUCACGUCACGGAAAGGGGACUAGAGAAAUAAUGAAAUUUCACCUUCCAUCGCAGCCUGUUCUUUACGAGCCACCUGAUGGUGAACAAAAAGUCAUUGAGCGACAGUAUAACAUAAGUCCCAAAGCCCUCUUUCAUGUAAUUUUUGGCGACAAAAGCAUCGUUUUCCCACUUUUAUAUCGCAGAAAGGGAGCAGAGCAGGUGUCUGUCGGGCCCUGGCUCGCGCCAGAACAGAGCUGUUUGCGCCGAGAGAUGAAGUUUCAAAUCGAGUGUGAUGAUGUGUUCCUCCGGUCGCGACAGGCGACUAUAGUUGACCAUCAAAUUAUUGACAUCCAAAACGAACAUAUCUCAUAUGUUGUGACAACCCAUAAGACACUUUGGCAUCUUCCUUUUUACCUUAAUUUUACGCUAGCAUUCAAAAUUGUCAUAACUCAUGUGGCUAAAUCAAAAUGUAAGUUGACGAUUCUUACCAAGGUUGAUUGGUCAAAGAAACACAAAUUUUUACGAGGUAUCAUCGAACGCCAAGCACUCGAAGACUCAAGUGUUGACGCAGAAGAUCUGCUUAAUAUACUGACCAUUCAUACUCAGAAACUGGGACCACAUAGCAGAACAAAACGAUCUAUUAAAAUAUUUGGGAAUUUAGGCGAGCAGACUUCUGCUUCCAUCUUCCCUGCAGCAAGUCUGGAUCAAGUUAAAAGUCAUCAAAUUAAACAACGGACUCUUCCAAGCAUAUUACUGGACUGUUUUGCUUCGAUAGGGGAAAUUGCGAUCACCUCUGUCAUUAUUUGGAUCUUUGCCGCAUUGAAAUCGAUUUGGAAGAUAGCUAGUGCCCACAAAAUUAUUCUUACUACGUUUUUGUUGAGUGUACUAGUUAAUGCUUUCUUUACUAAUAGAGACACAUCAGAUUGGUGGGCCGAACGAAAAGCAUCAAGGUUUAUGGCCAGACUUGGUGUUAGCCCAAACCAAAUUAUCAGUAGAUCUAUUUACCUGAAAGACCUUGAUGAAGCUACGUCAUUUUUACCAAGUAAAAGUUUUCAGCACAAAGACGGCAAAUGCUAUAGUCAAUUUCAACGAAUUAUAAACGCUACUGAUUUUAACGCUCCUCAUCAUAUGGCCGGGCUCAUAUCCUCAGACAUUGCGACUCAAUCAAUGGCCCGACGCUUACGAAAAACUCGCCAAAACUUGGGAUCAUAUCGUCAUAAAUUCAUGAUCGCCAUGCGUGUCAUCAAUCAUAUUGAGCGUCAGAUUAUAACAGCAGAAUGGGAAAACUGGCUCGCUGACGAAAACCUUAUGUGCGAUCAAAUAUCACUUCUUCUUGAGGAAACUUUAGCACGUCUCUCAAAUGGCAAAAAAAGCCAAGAGCUGGUUGAUGAGACUAUAUUUUCAAAAAUUAGUGAAAAUGAUGAGAAAAGAUUGAGAGAACUCCAAGAUUGGCAAGAAAAUUACUGUAGAAGUUGUGGGUUGGAACAAGAAUUACUAGCAAGGAGGAGGCGGGAUUCGGUGUAUUUUUAA